AUGAGUAACAGCAGCCAGGGUCUGUCUCUUGUACUGCCCCUCACAAGCUUUGGCAACGUGUUGAUGUUUCUUUUCAACAUCCUCCUGCCUGCAACUAUCAUUUUCCUCAACGUGUCUGUGUCACUCUCCAUUCUGCUGGACAAGGCAAUGCGCAGCGAGAACCGCUUCAUGUACAUGCUCAGCACCUGCUUCAGUGACAUCUGCACCGGCGUGUCGUAUUACUACUCUGGUGUCCUCGACGUGAGAGACAGCUUUGAUUCUCCUACGAGAACCUUUUACAUCGUGCACACUUUCCUAGGGCUGUCUUACAUGGCCAUCCUAGCCGCACAGGCUGACAGGUACCACGCCGUGGUGGCACCUUUUAAAUACUCCCAGCGCAUGACCCGAAACAGGACCGUGCUGGUCAUCUUUGCCUACUGGGUGUAUGCUUUCCUCAUCGUGGCUGCGCACAACCUGGUCACCAUCGGGGUAGCCAGGACCAUCACGAGCUUGGGGACAUUUGUGGGGAACAUAUUAACAGUGAUUAUAAUGAUAGGGCUGAAUAUCAGACUGUUCAUCAUAGCCAGGUUCCAGCUGGAGAGGGAACCACCCUCUGAGGAGAGAGACAACAAGCGCUCAUCGGUGUAUCUCAUCCUGGUGGUGGCUGUGUUUUUCCUAGCGACGUGGCUUCCCAUAUUCUGUCAUGUUAUGGCCUGUAAUUUAUUUCGCUCGACCUGUUAUACCUUUAAAAAUGAAGGCACUGACCCUAUUCGCAUCUUGCCCAGAGUUAAUGCUGCCCUGACCCCCGUGCUGUACAUCAGAGGGUGCACCGGGCUCAGAGCGAGGCUGCUCACCACAGUGUGGAGACCCUGCUGCAGGAGGAGGUUCAGAGAGAGAUGUUUGACGUUCAAUCCUUAG